AUGGCCAGCGUCAGUGGGAGUUUCGUCUCGCCGGCCGCCGAUGCGACCGUCACUCCCCAGCUUCUCAGGGCUGGCGGUCUCGCCGCAUCCCUUCUCGAAGGCUUCAAUGUCUGGAAGGCCAUCUUGACUCUGUUCAUUGCGGCCGUGAUCUAUGACCAGCAUUUCACUUUUCCCGGAACUGCCAUUGCUGACUUUACGGGGGCAAUUGCAGUACGAUACGUUUGGCAGAAAGGUUCCAUUGUCGGUCCCGCAUGGAAACUCCCCUUCAUGGGCCCAUUCCUACAGUCGGUCAACCCCAAAUUUCAUGAAUACAAGGCCAAAUGGGACAGCGGAGAAUUGAGCUGCGUUUCCGUCUUCCACAAAUUCGUCGUCAUUGCCUCCACCCGUGACAUGUCUCGAAAGAUCUUCAAUUCGCCGGGCUAUGUCAAACCCUGCGUGGUUGAUGUAGCGCACAAGCUACUCGGUAGGACCAACUGGGUGUUCUUGGACGGUAGGGAUCACGUCGAGUUCCGCAAGGGCCUGAACGGUCUCUUCACCCGCCAGGCUCUCUCGUGCUACCUGCCACGCCUGGAGGAGGAGUAUAACCGGUACUACAAGCACUUCCUCGAGAAGUCGGCAGCCAAUAAGCAUGAGCCCACUCCAUGGAUGCCGGAAUUCCGUGAGCUCAUGUGUGCUGUUUCUUGCCGUACGUUUGUUGGCCACUAUAUUAGCGACGAGGCCAUUAAGAAGAUUGCCGAUGAUUACUACAUGAUCACGGCCGCCCUGGAAUUGGUCAACUUCCCCUUCAUCCUGCCGUACACCAAGGCUUGGUAUGGCAAGAAGGCCUCUGACAUGGUCCUGGAUGAGUUUUCAAGAUGUGCGGCGAAGAGCAAGGCCCGCAUGGCCGCCGGCGGAGAUGUGACCUGUAUUAUGGAUGCCUGGGUUAAGGCUCAGCAGGAUUCCGCCAAGUAUCGGGAAAAGAUCGCGCAGGGGAUCCAUGUGGACACCAGCGAGAAACCCCCCCAGGUCCUUCGUGAUUUCACCAACUACGAGAUUGCGCAGACUAUCUUCACUUUCUUGUUUGCCUCUCAAGAUGCUACCAGUGCGGCCUCCACGUGGCUCUUCCAACUCAUGGCGGAUCGCCCGGAUGUCUUGGACAAGGUCCGUGAAGAGAACCUGCGCAUGCGCAACGGCGAUAUCAACGCCCCCUUGACGAUGGAGCUGCUAGACAAAUUGGAGUACACUCGCGCCGUGGUCAAGGAAACCCUGCGGUACCGACCGCCGGUCAUCAUGGUCCCAUACAUGGUCAAGAAGGACUUCCCCAUCACCGAUAAGAUCACCGUGUCAAAGGGAUCAAUGAUCAUUCCGUCCGUGUGGCCCGCCACCCAUGAUGAGGAAGCAUAUCCCAACCCUGACACCUUUGACCCGGAUCGCUGGAUCACGGGCACCGCCGAGCAGCACCCCAAGAACUGGCUCGUUUUCGGCACGGGACCUCAUUACUGCCUGGGCCAAACAUAUGCACAGCUAAACCUGAUGGCCAUGAUUGGCAAGGCGAGUCUCGAGAUGGACUGGGAGCACACCCCCACUCCCGAGUCUGAAGACAUCAAGGUGUUUGCUACCAUCUUCCCCCAGGAUGACUGCCUUCUCUCUUUCCGUCCCCGUCCUCAUCCUUAG